ACGAACGAAACUGGUCCAGUUAUUUUAAUUUAUAUUUUUCUAAAACAGACUGAAGUAGUUAUGAGCAUUACUGUCUUUCUAUAGAAAUUUUAUCGUCUUUUGGUACCAUUUGAAAUUUCAAAUGCAAUAUUUUGAGAUCUUGUUGCUGACUUAACAAGAAAAGGGUUCGUGGAAAUAGAUCGAGGUGUUGAGUAGAAAUAAUAUGCAUUUUAUUUAACCACGAGUAUUUAUAGAAAUAAUAAACCAUCGCUAUGGCAUCCUUUGAAGAUUAUGCAACACAAAAAUCGCAAAAAGAUGUUAUUGUAAGUCUUCCAAAACACCCACUGAAGAGAUUUGAACCAGCAUUAGAGAAGUUCAUCAAAAUUGCAAUACCAACUGAUUUAAARCGCUUACAUCGACACCAGAUAAACAUGGAGAAGUUUUAUGAGACGAGUUCAUGGCAUGAGCUAAAUGCAGAGCAAAUUAAUGCUGCUAGAACUGUCCAGCAAUUGAAGGUAAACAUCAGAGAAAUGGAAAAUAUUAGGUGUCAGAUUAUAAUAUCAGAUGUUGCAAUAUUUGAUGAGAGAGUUGCACCACUAAAGGAWGAAGCUUUAGAGGGAGUUAGGUCUUUCAGGGAUGUUCAAAGACUGUACUCAGAAAGACAUAAAAGAAAGCAUUGUGAAGGAAAUCUGGAAACAGGACAAGGAAUUUUGCCACUUAAUACCGAUUACCAACAACAAAUAUUUCUAGAAGAAGAAACAGCCGCUUCCUGGGAUGCUUUACAAGAGAACCUUGAAGAUCUCAAUACUCUUAUCCACGAUUUCUCUGCUAUUGUUCAUGAUCAGCAAUCAUCUCUAGAUUCAAUCACUGAUAACAUAGAAACAGCUCAUGUUAAUGUACAGCAAGGCACUACACAACUUGGAAAGGCCAGAAAACUCCAAGCUGCAAUGCUUCCUGUGAUUGGUGCAUUAAUUGGAACUGUUGCUGGUGGACCAGUUGGUUUAGUAUUUGGAUUAAAGCUUGGUGCAGCAGCGGCUGUGGGUGGUGGUAUUGCUGGGUUUGCUGGAGGAGAAUUGCUGAAAAAAAAGAACGAACAAAAUGUGGAUACUGAAUUGCAAAACAUGAGUUCUAAUACAGACAGCAGAAUUGUAAAGAAGAGGCUGUGAUAUUUAAACGUCCUUUACUCUACAAUGGCACGGUACUUCAGUACAGCCAUAGUUGUUUAACUGCUGUUCAUCUUCAGAUUAUCUGCCUGGUUAUUUGACUGUAGAAUAGUCUUGUAGGGCUUUCUUGUGGAGUAAUUCAUUCCAAAUAUGCACCUAAUUUCAAGAAAGAACAUUGUAUUAUAACAUGAAAUCAUUAUAAUUUUUUGGAAAAAAAUAUAAUAAAUAAAAAUAGAUUAUAAGGGCUUUACUUGACAUACGGUUCGACUUUGUUGAUUGACGAUUUAGAAAUGUGAAAGUGCACCAUUAAAAAUUCGCUUUAACUUUUA